GUAGCCAGUCAGUCUGUGCUCUGCCUUGGCCAGCAGCAGACGGAACCGUGCUGAUCGUCGCCCGCCAGGAGCAGCAGCAUUCGCCAAGAUCGCGCUCUUUCAUUCCGUUUCGGGCUUCGCUCGGUAUAUUUAAUUUAUUUCGGUUGUUAUCGGGCGCUUCGUCUCAGCGAUUAACGCCAGCUCAUAAAAACUAAACAAAUCAUUGUUGCGCCCCAUAAAGAAAAUAAUCUGGGCCCCAGAGAUCUCCGUUGCAUUGUUGCAGCUUUAAUGGAACGUGCGCUGUUCCAUGUGCGUGUGGAUUGCCCGUUGUCAACGUCCAGAGAGCCCUAGGAGGGGAAGAUAGUCUGAUCCAACUGAACCAGAAUGAAGCGCGACCUGUCCACGUCGACCAUCGGCCGGGAUGAGGCCCGGCGGCCGCUGAUGGAGGCAUACAUGUUCCAGCGUCGAGUCCUGCUCGGCUGCAGUCUGCUGAUGGUGGUUUCUCUGCUCAUCUGGAUAGUGGCCAUUUCCACCGAUCACUGGAUUAUUAUAUCAGGAGGAAAAGGCAUUUUCAUCCCGGAAUCGCGACGCUUCUUUAUGUCCUCGCACUCGGGUCUGUGGCGUCACUGCCGAAACACCAUAGUGCCCAAUGCUAUGAGCAACGCCCAGGUGGUGCGCAACUUCAGUUCCAUGUCCUACACCUCGCAGACGAACAUUAACGAGGCGAAGCGGAAUCUCUCACACAUGGAUUUUAUUAAGAAGUUUGCCCAGGAGCCGCUGGAGUCGUCAGAUAACUUCACGGAGGCGGCGCGCCGUCAUAUGUUUGCCCAUUGGGCGCGGGGAGAAGACGAAGGCUUCCAAACAAUGCGUACUGCCUUCCGCAAUCUUGUGAUGAACACGGAGGACAAUCAGCGGCAGAUCAAUGCCACGGCAAACAAACCCAUACCCAUCGAUCCGCUGGAUGUCAAGGGCAUUAUUGCGAGGAACACCUUCGGUUCGGCGCUGCAGCGGGUUAAGUACAACAACACCUGGUCGUACUAUGUAAUUCCCGAGGUGGCCCAGCUGGCCAUCUUCGCCAACUGGACGGACUAUCCGCUAGUGGUGCGUCUGCUGGGCACCUACAUCCGUGACAUUGGUAUUCCUGCCUACGUCCUGAAUGACGAGCGGGUGAUCCUGAUCCUAGUGCCGCCACUGCCGCCGAAGCGAGGCGGACAGACCGCCUUCUACAGCUAUAUACCGAAUCAGCGCUGCAAGUACAUCGACAUGUUCCCUAACUCCAAUGCCCUGCGCAACGAGCCGGGCUUCGAUGACGAACUAAUGGUCACUUGGUACUCCCUUUCAGACUACAUCCGGACGCAGGCAUCGUUUGCCUGCAUCACCCUGUUCGUGAUGAGCCUGGGAGCGGUCUUCUCCUUCUACACCUUCAUGAAUCCACGGUAUAUGUUCAAGCGCCUGGCUGGCGGGAUCCAUCUGGUGGCCGCCUCCACGGCGCUGGUGGUGAUCCAGGUGCUCUUCUCCUCGAUUGACUACACCAAGGAUCAUCUCUUCUACGCGUAUCCCGAUGGCGCCGAACUGACCUAUGGAUACGGAGUGUACUUGGCCUGGUUUACGUUCGUGGACAAUAUUAUGUGCGGUGUUAUGUUCCUCUGGUACUCGGGCAAAAAGAAGGGAGCCAAAGCUCCGAACGACGAAGUAGCAAUGGCCGAUGAGCCAACCAUUAUGGGCAGAUAACGCUCUAGGGGCCACGAUGACAGGACAUCCCAUUGGACGUGUCCUCCUAAAACCAAAGACAAAGCAAUUGACGUUGCUUUUCAUUUCACUUUUGUUAUUUGUUUGUUUUCCUAAUGGCUGUAUCUAAAAUGUUCGCUUUAUAACUAUAAGAAUCUCAAGGGCAAUAAAGGAAUUAUUUUCAGUCA